GGGGUUUUCGACGGACACUCUGGUGAUCGCGCUGCCAAGCUGCUGAGCACAGAGAUCGUAGGGAUACUGAGGGACCAGAUCAUGCAGAGUUCGGGCCCUCAAGACAGCGCAUUGGGAGCCAGCCUGACAAGCAGCUUCCUUGAGGCCGAGAAGAGAGCGCUAGCACAGCCUUGGGACGAUGGCAGCUCAGCAAUCCUGGCAGUGAUCGAUGGAGAUCGUCUCUUCGUGGCGAAUGCUGGAGACUGCCGGGCGAUCAUCUGCGGUGAGGGAGAGCCCAUGCCAAUGAGCACUGAUCACGACCCGUCUGAGCCCGAGGAACGGAAGCGCAUCGAAGCCAACGACAAGGCGAUUGAAAGCUAUACAAUCAACGGAAGGUCCAUCAACCGAGUCAGAGGGCUCGCCAUGUCUCGAUGCAUAGGCGACAGAAAUGAUUGCAUCAUACCAGACCCUGAGAUAAAGGAGCUCUUGCUCACGAAGCAGCACAAGUUUCUGGUGAUUGCCAGCGACGGAUUAUGGGCAACCGUGACAAACGAAGCUGUGGCUCGGCGUCUCGACACCCUGACGGAAGAAGAGGAUCCGGCAGAAGAGUUGCAGAAGCUCAUCGAUCGACGCGAAGACAACAUCACAAUUGUGGUCGUUGACCUGCGAGGGCAUGCGUGA